AGCCCGGGAGGCCGAGAAGGCUGUCGUUCCUUCGGCCGUCGCAUCCCCGAGGGAGUCGUGUUGGCUUGCCCCGGGCCCCCAAGCUCGCCGAUCGCCCCUGAGGCUCGUGUGUGCGCUCCCGACCUCGCCAGCCGUUCGCCGCUCGCCCGCGGACCGUGCCUUUUGCAUCAUGUGUGGUAUAUUUGCUUACUUAAACUACCAUGUUCCUCGCACAAGACGAGAAAUCUUGGAGACCCUAAUCAAAGGCCUUCAGAGACUGGAGUAUAGAGGAUAUGAUUCUGCUGGUGUGGGAGUUGAUGGAGGCAAUGACAAGGAUUGGGAAGCCAAUGCCUGCAAGAUCCAGCUCAUUAAGAAGAAAGGGAAAGUCAAGGCACUGGAUGAAGAAGUUCAUAAACAACAGGAUAUGGACUUGGACAUAGAAUUUGAUGUACACCUUGGAAUAGCGCAUACCCGUUGGGCAACACAUGGAGAACCCAAUCCUGUCAAUAGCCAUCCCCAGCGCUCUGAUAAAAAUAAUGAAUUCAUUGUUAUUCACAAUGGCAUUAUCACCAACUACAAAGACUUGAAAAAGUUUUUGGAAAGCAAAGGCUAUGACUUUGAAUCUGAAACAGACACAGAGACAAUUGCCAAGCUUGUUAAGUACAUGUAUGACAAUCGGGAAAGUCAAGACAUCAGUUUUACUACCUUGGUGGAGAGAGUUAUCCAACAAUUGGAAGGUGCUUUUGCACUGGUAUUUAAAAGUGUUCAUUUUCCUGGCCAAGCAGUUGGCACAAGACGAGGUAGCCCUCUUUUGAUUGGUGUACGAAGUGAACAUAAACUCUCUACUGAUCACAUUCCAAUACUCUACAGAACAGCUAGGACUCAGAUUGGAUCAAAAUUCACACGGUGGGGAUCACAGGGAGAAAGAGGGAAGGACAAGAAGGGAAGCUGCAGUCUCUCUCGUGUGGACAGCACAACUUGCCUUUUCCCUGUUGAAGAAAAGGCAGUGGAAUAUUACUUUGCUUCUGAUGCGAGCGCCGUCAUAGAACAUACCAAUCGUGUCAUCUUUCUUGAAGAUGACGAUGUUGCAGCGGUGGUGGAUGGCCGUCUUUCUAUCCAUCGGAUUAAACGAACUGCAGGAGACCACCCUGGACGAGCUGUGCAGACCCUCCAGAUGGAACUCCAGCAGAUCAUGAAGGGUAACUUCAGUUCAUUUAUGCAGAAGGAAAUUUUUGAGCAGCCAGAGUCCGUUGUGAACACGAUGAGAGGAAGAGUCAACUUUGAUGACUAUACUGGAUAUGACCAAAUCAUCUUUUCUCUGCAGACACGUCAAGUUCUUGAAGAGCUGACUGAGUUGCCUGUUAUGGUGGAGCUUGCCAGUGAUUUCCUGGAUAGAAACACGCCAGUUUUUCGAGAUGAUGUUUGCUUUUUCAUUAGUCAGUCAGGUGAGACAGCAGACACCCUGAUGGGUCUUCGGUACUGUAAGGAGAGAGGAGCUUUAACUGUGGGGAUCACGAACACCGUGGGCAGCUCCAUAUCGAGGGAGACAGACUGUGGCGUUCAUAUUAAUGCUGGGCCCGAGAUUGGUGUGGCCAGCACGAAGGCUUACACCAGCCAGUUUGUAUCCCUUGUCAUGUUUGCCCUCAUGAUGUGUGAUGACAGGAUCUCCAUGCAAGAGAGACGCAAAGAGAUCAUGCUUGGAUUGAAGCGGCUGCCUGAUUUGAUUAAGGAAGUACUGAGCAUGGAUGAUGAAAUUCAGAAACUGGCAACAGAACUUUAUCAUCAGAAGUCAGUCUUGAUAAUGGGACGUGGCUAUCAUUAUGCUACUUGUCUUGAAGGGGCACUGAAAAUCAAAGAAAUCACUUACAUGCACUCUGAAGGCAUCCUUGCUGGUGAACUGAAACAUGGCCCUCUGGCUUUGGUGGAUAAGUUGAUGCCUGUCAUCAUGAUUAUCAUGAGAGAUCACACUUACGCCAAGUGUCAGAAUGCUCUUCAGCAGGUGGUUGCCAGGCAGGGACGCCCAGUGGUGAUUUGUGAUAAGGAAGAUACGGAGACCAUUAAGAACACAAACAGAACAAUCAAGGUACCCCACUCAGUGGACUGCUUGCAAGGCAUUCUCAGCGUGAUCCCCUUACAGCUGCUGGCUUUCCACCUUGCUGUGCUGAGAGGCUAUGAUGUUGAUUUUCCCCGGAAUCUUGCCAAAUCUGUAACUGUAGAGUGAGGAGCGUCUGCAACUCUGGGCGAUUGAGCAACACAAGACACCUUUUGUAUUUAACACCUUGAUUUAAAAUUCACCCUUUGAAGCCUUUUUUAGUAAAUCCUUAUUUAUAUAUCGGUUAUAAUUAUUCCACUCAAUUUGUGAUUUUUGUGAAAUUACCUCAUAUUUUUCCAGUAAUUUGUGGGGGAGUUUAAAUAAUGGAAUUUAUAUUGGAAUCGUUACCACAGAGAUUUAGCUCUCAUUUUCUUUAAAGGAUGCUGGGUGUUGGAUUUCUGGGCCCUUCACUUCAGUCUGGGAGAAUUGUGUGUUUUUAGAAUAAUUGGCCUCUGUUUUACCAUGCUUCUAUUCAUUCAGCCCAAAGAAAGUGGUGUAGUACAUUUAAUUUGGAAUAUCUAAAGCCAGUGGCAAUGUAUGCUAAUGAUUGGACAUUUAAUUAAGGUUUUGUUAAGUUUACAUAUAAAGAGAAGAUGCUGUGAUUUGUUUUUAAAUUUGUGUUUUGUUUUUAAAUCAAACUGUAGAACUUAAAAACUGAAAGCUUUUCUUGGUGGGAUUUCUGUGUAAGUUAGGUUAACCUGAGUGUCUCAGACCUGUUGCUUGUUAUCUGGAGGUCGAGUUAAUGUAGGAAGCUCGAGUAUGGUAGUACAUUGGUUUUCUCCACUCUUAACAGCAAGUAUUUGCACAAUUUCAUAGCAGAAACUUUAAAUUUGAGCUGCUUUGGACAACUGACAACAUAUGUUUUCUUGUGAAGAUGGGGGACCUCCAGGUGGGGUGUCCUACUCCUAGUUUUUCCAUCUUCUAAAACUGAUUUUUAUUUCCUUGUAUCUGUAGUUUUUUGUUUCAUGUGUUUUUUUUAAUGACUUGUUCUUUGAAAUCACCACACAAAGUUGCUGUCAUAUGUCUGAGAUUAAAUCAGUACUGAUACAUGUAGAAUUCUCUACUUUUUGUCCCAAGGAAAAAUUUCCUGCAGUGAAUUUUAACUUUUUACUGCCUUUUUGCAUAAAACUAGUACCAUCCUGCCAGUUGGAAGUUCUUUGUAGUUUGGAAGAUUUGCAAGUCUUUUGACUAAUCAUUUGACUAUAAAUGUAUAUGCUGAGCUAGGCUUAGAGAAAGAAAGCUGUAUGCUUUACACUGAUGCUAGUGAAGGAUUGCAUUGAAUAUAGUAUUAUUUCCUAGGUAUAUUUCUCUAUUGUCUGUGUUUUACCCCUGAAAUAUAUUUAGGAAUGAAGAAGAUACAAAUAAGUAAAGUGAUAUCAAGGUGCCUUCAGCUGGUUUACGUCAGAAAUGGAAAUUAACAAUUUAGAUUAAAAUAGAGUAGAAUAUUAGUUUGACAUCCAACAUGUUGUGAGUAGUAAUUUCUUUAUGGGGCUUUUUGGCCAAAUCUUGGGGGUUAUAGGGCAGUGUGUUUGUGUUUUGGUGAAGUCCUUCUCUUUCUAGAGUUUUUGCCUUUCAAUUGUGAAGGUAAGAUAUUUAGCAUAAUUAUUUAAGUAAAUUCAUGUUUUUUCUUUUUUCUGUGUUUGAAUUUCUUGGUGAGGUUAAGAUUUUCUAAUAGCUAUUGCUGCAAGGAGAGCACAGAAUUCUGCUUGUGUAUUAGGGUUAGAAAAAUACUUUGCAUAUUUUGAGGUACUUUGGAAGGACUGUCCUUCUAGGUGGAGACUAGAAACCUGGUUGUUUUUAAAAAUAAAAUAAGUUUACUAUUGAUAUCCUAUAUAUAUGUAGCUACUAUAGCUAUAUUUAUCCAUUUUAAUUGUUUCUGAGAUUAUUUUGUUUAGGCCUGCUAGUUUUAGUAUGUGUGUAGUGUCAUUUCUUAUGUUAAAUUAGCAUUUUGUGUCUGUGAUUUGUAUGGGUUUGUAGCAUUUCUUAAUGGUCUGAAGUUUGAGUCAGCAUUCUAAGUGAACAAAUACGUGAAGUCAAUCAUUAGUUUUCAGUUUCUCUUUUUCUCUUCCUCUUUGUCUCUCUCUCACACACACACACACACACACACAUUUACACUUCAAACUAGGAUAAGUUCUGAACUGGAUAUCAAAAGCUGAUAUUGAAGAACAAAGAAGUGAUAUUUUCCAAAUAAACAUGGUUUCUUCUUAUUGUCCCUCUUGCUUCUUACUUUAUUUAAUGUAGUGAUUUUUAAAUGCUUUUAUGUAUUAAUUAUGAACACAAAAAAAGAUACUCUAAUGAGGCAAAUCACUAAUAAGUGUGCAUGCCCAGUUAAAAUGAAUGUAAUAUUAACAGAUAAGAAAAUCUGAUUUUUCCAGAAAGGUAUGCUACAAAAGGAGUCUUUUAUAUAAAAAGUUCUUUCUUGUAGUACAUUUAAAGUUUAAAUUCACUCAUAUGUAACUUAGAGUUCCUUACCUCAGCCAUGAGCCCUUUUUAGGCUGGGGUCAUGGGUAGCAUCUCAUACAUGGCCCAGUAAAUGAUGGUUACUUUGCAGUCAGUUGGCUUUUCUGUCUUUUUUUAAUUCCCUGUGUCAGGAAUGAAUGGGAAGAGGAAAAUUAACGUUCACUGUUUUCAGUGUGCUGUAAUUGUGUCAGCAUCCUUUUAUGGGCAAGUCACUGUGCCAGGAACUGGAAAGGACAUCUUGUUGAAAGCAAAGUCUGCUUGUCGGGCAGACUUAUCAGUGGUGAAGACCAAGAUCAUUGGGUGAGGGAGUGGAAAAGUGGAGGUGAGCUGUUAAAUAAUGGUCCAAGUUUAGGGGCGUAUAAUGUUCACAAGAGGUGGAAGAUGCAUUUUGUAGAGUGCACUCUUACCGCACACUGCGUAGACCAUCUAUCUGUGGUAUGCUAAGGAAGGUAAAGGCGAAAUGCACAAGGAGAAAGAAGUAAGCAUCAAAUACUACUCAAGGGGAGUGGACACAGGGUGGUGUGCAGCUGGGGCUGGGGGUUAAGAGAGCUAACACAGAUUUUCUCUCUUAGUUUUGUGAAAAGUUGUUUCUAAGAUGAUACCGUCUUAUCCUUCUGAAUACAGGUCUGUUGACUUAAGCUAAUCAUGAGGACAGGAGGAAAAGGAGCCCUGUUUUUUUGUUUUUUUUUGUUUUUUUUUAGCUCUUUGGUAAUGUUCAUUUGGCACUUACUUAUAUUGUCUUCAAAGCAGGAAGACCGGCUGAAAUGUUUGCUUUAACAAACAUAUUUUAAGAAGUCCUUUGGAGUCAGUGUUUUAUCUGUUUAAAAACUUAGGAUAUACUGUAACAAUAAAAGGGAAAGAUUAAUGUUAACUAUUGUAUGUGACAAGUGAUUUUUCUAAAAAGCACAAUGUCACUGAAAAGUACUUGUCGAAAAAGAAAUCAUAGCUCACAUGGAAUUUGUGAAGGCCAAAGAAAUGGAAGGGAAUGGUAAAAGAAGGUAUUUUAGCCUUAUGUUCACAUAUUUAGUGGGUUUUGUUUACCAGACUGCCAGAUAAGAGUGUCUUCUUCAUGAAAACAUACUACAGAUUACUUUCUUUGUUCUUCAUGUUAGAAUCUCAAGUUUAGAAGAAUUAACACAUCAGUUUUUUCUCACAGUAUUUAAGGAUUAUUAAUAUAUCAGUAUUUCCCUAGCUUGGUGAGUUUAACCAUAUCUUCAGAUCUAUGACAUGACAACCAAUAGGACUGAUAACAUUUGCUUUGAACCAAUAAUUUCCAGGCUUAACAUGAAAAUCAUAGUUGACUCGCAAGAUUGUAAAGUUAUGCUGUAUUAACUUGUAAGUCUGUAAUAGCUUGAUAUCAGUGUUAUGGAAUCUACCAUAAAUGAUGGCUAAUGAGAAUGUUUUAGGAAAUUCUUGAAUUACCUUUCUUAUGGUACUCAGAAUGAAUACAGAAAUGAUCCUGUUAGCUUUUUAAACGUUCUGUGGUUGACUUUUUGUGUUUGUUUUUUUUUUUUGUCUUUUUCUUUCUUUUGCUUAAAUAAAACUUUUGGUAUUUGUUUAAAUUAUACUGCUUGUGAGCUGGAGAUUUUAGAAUCUGCUUUGUUUCAGUUUUCUGUUCUUUAAGAUAAAUGUGUAGUUUACUGAGCCAUUUGGUCAUUCCUUCCUCAUGUCUUGUAAGUCCAAUAACUCUAACCUUGAACUGUGAAUAAAUUACCAAAAGUUACUGAGAAUUGCAUUUUGAAGCAAUUUGCCAAUAUUUGAAGUGUAUACAUGCUUGUAGGUGUGUUAAAGAUUGUAUUGCACUAAGAAUGUAGCCAGUGUUUAGUUGUUAGUAAACUUUUCUGAUGCUAGAAUUCAUUACUAUUGCUUUUUAAAGUAGAGAUGAUUGGAUAAAUAUAAUCAAAAGUUUCACGUCUCCACUCCAACUUGCCAAUUGUUUUAGAAAGGAUCAUUAGAUAAAACAAAGGCUCUACUUUUUGAUGUCAUACUUCAUAGAUAUUAUACCUUCUCAAGUCUUGUAAAAAUUUUUUGCGAGAAUAUUGUUUCUAGCGAAUUUCUAGUGUAUACAGUGAUCAACAGCUUUGCGUAAGUGAAUUGAUAGUUGCAAAAGAAGGAUAUUUAAGAUGGGUGAGUAGCAAGACUGCAUGUACUCUAAAGUUUCUGUAGUAUCUGGCAAUCUGUUAAUUAUAGAACAAAGAUUCCUUUUACAGGAUCCUUUUAUAAACAGCAAGCGAAAAUCUCUAUCCCUAGUGCUUACAGCCCUCGCUGUGUUCUGCAGGAGACAGAGUUAUGCCAGGGUAGUUUGAAUGAAUAGCUGUGCUGUUUUGCCUUCUUGUAGAUCCGAGCCCAGUCUCAUCUCUGUCUCCAUGUUGCUCUGCAGCAAAGCCUGGGGCUGCCAGACAGCGUGGGUCAUUUUUUCCAUGGGCCACAUUUUGGCAUAAAAUCCAGCUUUACUUUUAUUAAACAGUUAUCUUUGAAUUCUCCUCAGUUGGCUAGGAGUAUUUACUGAGUACUUACUAAAGGCCAAGAAAUAAUUUCCCUGAAAAUUUAGAGGCCUGUUUUUCAUUGGAGUGGCAUUUAAGAAAAAGAAAUUCUUAACUUUUUUGGAUGAGGAAAAGAAGUAAGAGUUCAGUUUCUCUCAUUAAUCUGAAGGUAAAUAGUUCUCCUUCAUUUUACAAAAUGAUGUAGGAAAAAAAUGAUGUAGGAACUUUAUUAGCUUAAACAUCCUGGGGCUAUAAACAUCUUGUAAUAAUAUACAGACAGGUUGCCAGGUUAUAGGUUAUUUAACCAUCUUACCCUUCCCUGGAAGUAUGUGUGUAAUAAGAUAAAUUCAUUAUUCUCUUUCUGGUUAGCAUGUGUACAAGAGAUUAUUUCCAAGAUUGAAAGGCCACGUUUUGAACUUCAUACUAACAUGAUUUAUUGGCUCAAAUUCCAAGAUUCACGUAUGUGUUUUCUCAUAUGUAUUUCUCCUAAUGCUGUUAUGUAGCCAUAUUUUCCUUUUCAUAUUUCAAGAGAUUUUUGAAAAUGAAGUAUGGAUGUACAGUUGAAAAUAUGGAAUAAAAAAUGGAGCUUGUAAACAAUUAGAGAAACGCUUUUUGGAUAGAGUUAUGGUUCUUUCCUUCCACUCACUUAUCAGUCUACCUCUGUUUGUAUAAGGUUAAAAAGACUGUUUAUACGUAUUAGGAUGAAAGCUUUUGGCAUGUUUUCAUAUGCUUUUAAUUUCUGCAGUAUACUGAGUGAUUUAGAAGCAUCCAACAAUUUAAAAACCAGAGCUUUAAUAAGGUGUAUCCUGGAACUCACAGCUGUUGCACACCUUGGGGAGUCUUUAGGAGCUCAUUUUUGCCUCUAUCACCCAGCUUUAUGUGUUCCGAAAUGGAGGUGAAUACAGUGAGGUCUUAGAAGGAGAAUUGCCGGGAUAUUUAUGGAGAAUUCUAGAUUCAUUAUACCUAAAGGGGAAAUGACCCCGUGGUUCUUAGCUAAUACAUUCUUAAUUUGUGGGAUGCAGAAGUGGCUGUCCAUUAAUUUUAGGUUGCCCUACAACAUCCAGGCUGCAAAGGUCCACAUGUACCAGGGUCACUACAGUUUGUUUCUGCCAAUAGCCCCUUUCAGGUGACACUCUUGUCCUCAUAUUGUCCUCACUGAUGCCAGUGUGGCAUUCUCAGUCGUGGAUGUUCUGUGGCAAGUUCAGUGUGAGAUGGACUUGUUAGACAGCUUGGUCUUCAAACAGUGCCCCUAAUGGGAUGGAGAAUUUCUGAGACAAUGAAUGCUGGUAGUUCCCGGGCAAGGGAAAUAGUAAAUUCAAGUUUCUGGUAGACUUGAAUACAGGUAGCCAAUUCGAUUCAUGGGGGCUUUUUUCCCCCUAUUUGCUUUGUAUGUAGAGUUGUUUUGAAAUAUUGAGCAUAUUUGCUUUGACUUUUAUCUCUUGCUUUCCUAAUUUUGUAUUUAUCCUUUGAAUAAAAUGUAAACCCAAUAUUGAAUUUACUUUUACUGCUGCUGUGUAGAAACCUAGGAACUGUGGGAAAUCCUUGUAAGAUUUUUAUCUCAUGUCCUUGGUUAUUAACUUGGACCCAUGUAUUGUUACUAAAGUUCAAAGUAUUUCUUUGUUUGAAAGAAACGAAUUAACUUUAAAACUUC